UGUGUGAAAAGACUUACGCCACAACAGAUAUCUCUGCCAUGGCCGGCAGAUGCACUGCAAAGAAAACGUUCGUGAGCUGCCUCAAAGACAAAACUGCUGCCACUUGUAAGUCAGGGGGAACAGUUAUCUCCCUUGCAAAAGCUGUCGGUACUACCAUUGGAACCGACUGUACAAGUUUCACGACAUCAGCCUGUUCUUGCGAGUUGGACUAUGCCAAGGCUGACGUGUCAUUGCAGACAAACAGAUGCACAGCUCAACUGAAUCUUGUAUCCUGCCUGAAGGGAAAGACAGGGGCUGAUUGCGCCGGUGGCACCACCCACGCUCUGGCCACAACUGCCUUCGACACCGACAUCCCUGCUAUCGUCACAUCAGGAACUGCUUGUGCUACAACCACCACCUGUACGUGUGAGGCCACAUAUGCGAAAACUGACAUCUCAUCUGAUCACUGCAGUGCUAUGAAGACCUAUGUAAACUGCCUGAAAGACAAAACAGAAGCUGCUUGCAAGAGUGGUGAAACAGUCAUCAACCUUGCAACUGCAAUUGAAACUCCCAUUGGGACUGCGUGUACAAGUUUUGCUACAUCAGCAUGUUCCUGUGAGUUGGGGUAUGCCAAGUCUGCCAUAUCCCCACCAGCCAAUAAAUGCACAGCUCAACUGAAUCUUGUAUCCUGCCUGAAGGGAAAGACAGGGGCUGGUUGCGCCGGUGGCACCACCCACGCUCUGGCCACAACUGCCUUCGACACCGACAUCCCUGGUAUCACUGCUUGUGCUACAACCACCACCUGUACGUGUGAGGCCACAUAUGCGAAAACUGACAUCUCAUCUGAUCACUGCAGUGCUAUGAAGACCUAUGUAAACUGCCUGAAAGACAAAACAGAAGCUGCUUGCAAGAGUGGUGAAACAGUCAUGAGCCUUGCAACUGCAAUUGAAACUCCCAUUGGGACUGCGUGUACAAGUUUUGCUACAUCAGCAUGUUCCUGUGAGUUGGGGUAUGCCAAGUCUGUCAUAUCCACAAAUGCAGAUAAAUGCACAGCUCUACUGAAUCUUGUUUCCUGCCUGAAGGGGAUGACAGGUGAUGCAUGUACUACUGGCACAGCCAGUACCCUGGCCACCACCGCUGUCGACACCGACAUCGCUGAUAUCGUCAGCGCAGGAACUACUUGUGACCUGACGGACACCUGCACGUGUGAGGCUAACUACGCCAAGGCCGAUAUAUCAUCCGACGCUAACCACUGCACAGCACUUGGGAUAUUCGUGGAAUGCCUGAAGACAAAGACUGAUACUGGCUGCGCUGGGACGAUUGUAACAGCUCUCGGCACCACUGCAGAGACAAAAUACGGCACCCUUACAUCUACGUGCGCCAUCGCAGACAAAACGUGCGGCUGUGAAGUUGCCUACGUCAAGAUGCCCUACUCAUCGCCUACCGAGCAGUGCAAUGCUGAAAUGGCUCUCGUGUCUUGUCUCAAGGGCAAAGCAGCUACAGAUUCAAGCUGUAACAGUGCAUCCACGCCUAUUGCCUUGGCAACAGCAGCAGACACCAAACUUGGCAGUUGCUCACCAACGGACACAUGUACGGCCUGCGAGCUUGUGUACGCCAAAGCCCCCAUCGACACUAAUACCAAGAAGUGCACGGCUCUGGCGGUAUAUCUGGUGUGUCUGCGGUCGAAAACAGCGGAGGGCUGCGUCAGCACCAAUACAGUGCCCACCUUGGCGGGGACAGCUGAAACCGAUUUCAAGGCCACACCUAACCCUGGCUGCACUGUGACAGACACGUGUCAGUGUGAGAUUGACUACAUCAAGGCUACUAGGACUCAGGAUGCAGACAAAUGCACCGCAAGUAAAACCCUCGUCAAAUGCUUGGAAGGCAAGACAGAUGUUUCUUGUGAUGGUACUACAAAGCCUUCAGAUCUCGCAACAAUAGCGGAGACCACCAUGACGGGCAUCACUAGCUGCCUUACCGACACAUGCCAGUGUGAGGUCGACUACGUCAAAGCAGACCACACGGUUCCGGGAAACAUUUGCGGGGCUAAGGCAGACUUCCUGGAUUGUAUGUCCCAGUCAUUUGACGCAGGCUGUGACGGAACUAAACGUCAUACUAUUGCAGCAGCGUUGGACUUUACUGGAUGUCCUGCACGCACGGGAGUGUGCGCCUGCCAGGAGAUAUAUGCCAAGGUAGACAACACGGACCCAACUGCCCAUUGCGCCGCAAUAAUGGCUCAUUUAAACUGCUUGGACACCGAGGUGGCAACUGACGCCUGCAAGUCGGCCACAACUGUACAAGUACUGGCUGCCCUCAUGGAGACAAAGCGAGGCACAACGUCCGGCUGUGCCGUUCUGACGUCAACGUGUCAAUGUCAAGUCAAUUACCUGAAACACACACGUGCAAAUGCCGGAGAAGUGUGCACAGCUCACAAGAUGCUGCUGGAUUGUCUGAUGACAGCAAAAGACGAUGCCUGUGAUCUUUCCACUCCAAGGAACACCGUUGUCACGGACAGAAAAACAGCUCCAGCCCCUUGCACGUUCAGCACAACCUGCACUUCUUGCUUGAUCCCCUUCGGCGAGGCUGCAUAUACAGUUCCGUCGACUUAUUGUGGGUCGCUGAAAACACUAAUGGAUUGUCUCGAUGGAAAGGCAAUCUUCACCGACACGGGCUGUGAUGACGCCAAGACUAUAAGUCAGCACGUAAACAGCCUUUCUUCAGAUGUGUCGAGCUGUACAUUUUCUGCAACCUGUACAUGCCAGGUCGAUUACAUGAAAUCUCCCGGAACAACACCCGCCGACAAAUGCACAGCUCUUACCACGAAGAUGCAUUGUCUUGACAAAACUGCAGACACCGCUUGUGACGGUACCACACGCAGAGAUGAAAUCGCUUCUCUAGUUGAUACAGCCAUCGUUGAUACGGGUCCUAUACCCUUAUCUGGAUCAUGUAGAACAGAUGUCACGGCUACGUGCGACUGCCAAACAACCUAUGCCAAGACUAACCCGACUGGAGAUUGUGCGGCUUUGUAUGCGAAGAUUGAGUGUAUUGCUGGGGGUAAAACUCUCGCUUGUUUGUCGAGUGUGAAGCCAGUCGCUGUCGCCACAGAAACCGUCAGUGAUAUAACCGCCCUCGGAGCCACGUGUACUGCCACGGAGACGGACACCUGUACAUGCCAGAAAACAUUAGCUGAGACAGACAUUCUGCUUGGAAAUACACAGCACUGCGCUGCGCUAGUGGCAGCGUUGUUGUGCCUGAAGGGGAAGACGAGCACUGGUUGUGACACCGCUACAGUAGACUCCCUUGACAUACAGCUGAAGAAGGAUAUCGAUACGAUCGGUACUACAGACUGUCCUCAGUCCGAUACAUGUGUCUGUGAAGUAGCGUACGCAAAGUCCAUUCUGACCACUCUGCAAGAUAAGUGCACGGCAUGGCUAGCAGAAUUAGGCUGUCUAAGAACAGCAACUGCUGUGGGCUGUGACGGGUCAUCCACUAAAGCGGAGAUCGACACAGCAAUCAAAACAAAUAUGGACGCUGCGACAACCGCUGGUGGUGCUACUAACGAUAAAUGCACUACCAAUCCAGUUUGCCUCUGUGAAAUCGCUUACGCUGUGACCACUAAAACAGCACCUUCAGACCAAUGCACCGCUUUGAAAACCUUCAUAUCAUGUUUGGCUGGUGAGACGGUCAGUGGUUGUGACGGUACCACAAAGCCAUGGACGUUAGCUGCGGAUGCUAGGACUGCUCUAAAUAAUCUUGGUACCACGACAUGUCCUUUGACGACAACAUGCUUAUGCGAAAUAGAUUUAGCAACGACUACCAUCGACGAUGACACGAAAAAGUGCAACGCUCUGAAGACCAACUUGGACUGCAUUAUAAAGUCAUCAACUACAUCGUGUUCUGGGACAGAUCGACACACGUAUGCUGGUGCCAUCAAGUCAGCUAUGGACGGAACAACAGGCUGCCCAACCACAUACGCCUCGGCAGGAAUUUGUAAAGACUGCGUGAUUCCAUUCGCCACAACUGCGUCAACGUGCAUGACCUUAGAUACUUACUACCACUGUUUGUACAUGACGUCAGACACUACUGGUUGUGGUGGUUCUAAAAACAUCAAAACACUCGCCGAUGAGCAAGCCACACAAGACACAACUUUAACUUGUGUUUCACCUCGUCGUGAUGUAUGCGUCUGUCAGGUCGCCUUCUUGAAGUCCACAGCAGCACUAUGCGACGCCCUGCAGGUGCUAAUGAACUGUCUGUGGGCUGGAACUGCAAAUGCUUGUGAUAACACUGUAAAGAGGGAUGCGAUAGCAACUCCAGCUGAUGCUAAAAUAGAUGAUACAUGUAAAGGCACAUUGAGCGAAGUUUGUAAGUGUCAAAUUACCUACGCCAAAGCAGACACGGGUGCUGGUCAUUGCGCCGCCUUAAUUGCACAGUUUGCAUGUCUUGAGGGCAAAACUGGGACUGGUUGUGAAACCAGCAGAACGCUGAAACUGGUGGCAGAAGGGGGGAACACAAAGUUUGGGACCGAUUCUUGCACAACAACGGAUACAUGCUCAUGUCAAAAGGCUUAUUUGAUUGCGGAUGUCAGCGGGGCAAACAAAUGCACGGAGACGGAGAAGAAGAUAGCCUGUUUGUAUGCAACAACAUCUGCUAGUUGUAAUGCCGCCGUCCCAAGAACAACUAUCAUGACCAACACAGACAACACUUGCAGUAAAACAGAGACCUGUGCCUGCCAGAGAGCAUACGGUGUUGACACAGGCGGCGACGAAUGCGCUGCUCAAAAAGGCGUGGUGACAUGUCUGAGGACGACAACUGACACGGGAUGUACAGGAGAGGCUGCCUUCACAAAGACCAGAAGUCAACUCGGCGGUGCUCUAGAGACGUUCCUUCAAUCAGCCACAUGUACUGCGGGUUUGACCGACACUUGUCAGUGCCAGAUUGACUACGCCAAGGCUAUAGUGGAUCCUGCAGCAAGCAAAUGCACAGCUCUGAAGGCCCUCAUUGUGUGUUUGGCUGAUAAGACAGACUUGGCUUGUGAUGGAGCGACGUUGCCAUCGGCGUUGGCUGUUGCUGCACACAACGACAUAAAGCUCGACUCUUCUUGUGUGGUGACAUCAACAUGCGAAUGCGAGAUAACCUAUGCCAAGACAGACGUUUCGACCAAUAAAUGCGACGCUCAGCGUACAAAGAUGGAGUGUCUGUACAACUCUGAAACUCUCGGCUGUGAUGGAACGUCUACAAGGAAUACUUUGGUUGAUGCCUUCAAAGCUGACUUGGUGUCAGGAGCUUGUGCUGCUUCCACGUCCGAUGUCUGCAAAACCUGUAUGAUCAAUUAUGCAGCAGUUGAUCCCGCGGGUGCUAAAUGCAAUGCCUUGAAGACAUUCCUGGGAUGUUUGGACACGAAGACUGCAUCUUUAACAAGUUGUGACGGUUCUCAAACCAUAAUUCAGCUUGCUACAGCUGCAGACCAAGCAAUUACGAACACCGCAUCCUGCGAUGCUAUGGACACAUGCAGCUGUACAGUCGUCUACUUGAAAACUGCCAGGGCUGGUGAUACCGCAGAAUGCAAUGCUUUAAAGACCAAGAUGGACUGCAUUGUAAAGGCAACAGCUAAUGCAUGUGAUGGAACUGGCCGCCACACCUACGCGGGUACAGUUGAGACGGCCAUGGACGCCGUGACAGGUUGCCCAGCCACGUAUCCUGUUGGGUCUAUUUGCAAAGAUUGUGAGAUUCCCAUGGCAAAAGCAUCUCCAACCUGCACGAUUUUGGAGACUUACUACCACUGUUUGUACACAACGACCGGCACCACCAGCUGUGAUGGUUCCAAAAACAUUAAAACACUCGUUGAUGAUCAAGCCUCGCAAGACACCUCUUUAUCAUGUGUUUCAGCUCCUCGUCGUGAUGUAUGUGCCUGUCAGGUCGCCUUCUUGAAGUCCACAGCACCACUAUGCGACGCCCUAAAGGUGCUGAUGAACUGUCUGUGGGCUGGAACUGCCAAUGCUUGUGAUAACACUGUAAAGAGAGACGCGAUGGCAAUAGCAGCUGAUGGUAAAAUAGAUGGUACCUGCAGAGGCACAUUGAGCGAAGUUUGUAAGUGUCAAAUUACCUACGCCAAAGCAGACACGGGUGAUGGUCAUUGCGCCGCCUUAAUUGCACAGUUUGCAUGUCUUGAGGGCAAAACUGGGACUGGUUGUGAAACCAGCAGAACGCUGAAACUGGUGGCAGAAGGGGGGAACACAAAGUUUGGGACCGAUUCUUGCACAACAACGGAUACAUGCUCAUGUCAAAAGGCUUAUUUGAUUGCGGAUGUCAGCGGGGCAAACAAAUGCACGGAGACGGAGAAGAAGAUAGCCUGUUUGUAUGCAACAACAUCUGCUAGUUGUGAUGCCGCCGUCCCAAGAACAACUAUCAUGACCAACACAGACAACACUUGCAGUAAAACACAGACCUGUGCCUGCCAGAGAGCAUACGGUGUUGACACAGGCGGCGACGAAUGCGCUGCUCAAAAGGCGUGGUGACAUGUCUGAGGACGACAACUGACACAGGAUGUACAGGAGAGACUGCCUUCACAAAGACCAGAAGUCAACUCGGCGGUGAUCUAGAGACGUUCCUUC